AUGCACCUGAGAGACCCAGACCCAGACCUGCAGGUCAUUGGAGCAGCCUUCAUUCAACACGAGUGCUACAAUGACAGUGAUGCCAAAGAUGAGGUCCGACGAUUCAAGGGCAUAACAGAACUGAUCAAACUGUUCAACAGUGAGAGCCAGGAGGUGCAGCGUUAUGCCACCGGCGCCACUCGGAACCUCAUCUAUGAAAGCAUGGAUAACAAGGUGGCUCUGAUCAAUGAGGGCGGCAUCCCAAACCUGGUAGGGGCCCUGAAAGACCACGACCACGAGCUCCACAAGAAUAUCACUGGCAUUUUUUGGAACCUGUCUUCCAAAGACAACCUGAAGGAGAAAUUGGCCAAAGAGAUCCUUCCAGAGCUGACGGCGCAAAUCCUGAUUCCGCUGUCCGGAACUGGGAAGACCGAGCCCAUCGUGCAGAGUCCGUCUGAGUCCGAUAUCUUCUACAACACUACAGGCUGUCUCAGAAAUCUAAGUUCUGUGAAUGAGAAGACACGUCAACAGAUGAGGGAAACCCCUGGCCUCGUAGAGUCGCUGGUGGGAUACAUACAGGCUUCAAUUGAAAGUGAAAAGACGGAGGAAAAAGGAGUAGAAAAUUCUGUUUGUGUCCUGAGAAACCUCUCCUAUCAGAUUUAUAAUGAAAUGCCUCCAUCUGCUUUGUUGCGCCUGGAAGGACCAACCAGGGGCCAGGACACAGGGAAAGCUGAGCCCAUUGGCUGCUUUACACCUCAGAGCAAGAAGGCCAAAAAGAAACAAUUGAAUGUGUCUACGCUGUCGGAGGGAUCCAGAAUCCCCAAAGGGGUAGAGUGGCUGUGGCAUCCCCAAAUCGUGUCUCUUUACAUUAAAGUGCUGCGUCAGUGUGAGAUCAACUUCACCACACGAGAGGCCGCGGCAGGAGCCCUGCAGAACAUCACAGCCGGAGACAAACGGUGGGCAUCUGUGCUGAGUCAGCUGGCUCUGGAGCAGGAGCGUGUGCUGCCCCUUCUGCUGGACCAACUCAGGACCGACAACGACCCGGAGCUGCGGUCCCUCACCGGCCUGUUGAGAAACCUGUCCCGCCACACCAAGGACAAGAACGACAUGGCUACAAAGGUGGUGAAUAACCUGGUGACAAAGCUCCCGGAGGAUGGGAAUAGCAAAGAGCUGUCCAGCGACGCGGUGGUGAACAUCUGUGGUAUCCUCAACAACCUGGUCACCAGCAGCUACAUCGCGGCCAGAGAUAUAACCUUUUUUGACGGUUUGCCCAAACUGAUGGGCAUCCGAAACUGCCAUGACGGCUCCGUGGGAAAGGUUAAGGCGAGCAAAGCAGCAGCCACCGUUCUCAAUAACAUGUAUCAGUACAAGAAACUGCACAAAGAUUAUAAUCAGAAGCACUAUGACAGAAAAGAUUUUAUUGACGAUUCCAUCUGA